GAAAGGGACUCUUUUCUUUGUAGCCCACACAAGGCAAAGUCGGCUAGAUUUCUAAGUAGCCCCUCUCGUCUUACUCGUCACAAUUAAGUUAUGUAUUUGUUUAGCAUUAGGGUGUCUGGAGUGGGUGAGAUGCCGCGCUUGCUUACGCACACAACUUGACGGGUUAUAUCACGGGGUUUAGUGUCGGGUUACCCGGGUAUAUAAGUGUGUGAACCACCGCUGGGUGUUUAGAACCAGGCACGAUGCCAGCACAGAAGGAAGUCCUCCCCGUCACAGGCACAGACGAGACCUACAUCAUCAGCCAUGUGGACAGACCCCAGGUCAGCAUGCUGAGGAGGGACAGAGAGGAGGUACGCCAGCUUAGCGCCAGUCACGGCAAGCUGGGGAAAGACGCCGCUGACUUCUUGCCGGGGUUGUCUAAAGAGAAGAUGCAGAAGUCGGUGCCGCUGUUACCGCCCAUCAGCACUAGUCGCACGGGCACGCCCGGGUCCCCGCCCCGACGGUCCCCUGUCGUCACCCCGCGGCACGGGACGCCGUACGGAUCCCUCGGGAGCUCCCCGGAGUACUCCCCGCGACUCCCGAGGAGCAGAUCCAACCCUCUCCCGCCGUUACAGGUCGUCGGCUCCGACCCGGGCCUCGACAGGCUGAGCCCGGCCGUCGCAACGACUCCGCAGGCGAGCCCCAAGCCGUCCAAACGGGUCACGAUCAAUGCCGGCGUGCCGAUGGGCUCCAGCACGUUCGAGCAGGCUCUGACAGAGCUAGCCGACGAAGAGCUAGCCGAGGACGCGCAGAACAUCGUCGGUUCUGCCGACCUGGACGCCGUCGUCAGCAAGCUGGCUCUCACGGAGACCCCGGACUUCAUAGAGGAGGAAACAGCAGAGGAAAUAGAGCAGGAGAACGCCAGCGACACGCCCGCGAGCGCUACAUGUAAGAUCAUCACCGACUACCCACCUGUCUGCCCUGACACGCCGUCUUCCCCUGUGGUCAGAAGAAGAGGCAGACUUGUCGUGACGAAAGGACAGAGACCAAAGUCUUUCGACGACGCGGACUUGAACGAUAAUAACAACGUGCAGGAGAAAAAAGCGACCAAGUCCCCGCCGCGCUCUCUCACACCCUCGCGGGAGACUAUCGCCCCUCUCACGCCCAGGACCCAGCGGCGUUUCCGGGUGCAGUUCCGUGACGAGAACACGGACCGGGGGGCCGUGGUCAGCACGAGCGGGGAGAGCCCCGUACCGCCGCGAACCCCCGCCAGCUCGCUCCGGCAGAUGAACGAGGUGGUCACCAUGAUCAACCAGGCCGUGCUGCACUCGGGAAAUGUCUCCCACCGCAGGCUUGUCUCCAACCCCAGGCUAGCCGCCCUGAGGAAAGGCGAGCCCCACGUCUCGUCCAACCCAGAACUCUCCAUACAGCUACAGGAAGCCAAGAAGGCACGCUGGGUCCGAAGGCGGGAAUCCAAGACGGAGUCUCUCUCAGACUUGGACAUCAGGAGCUUAGUACGGAAAUCCAGCGACUGAGGCUGACGCAAUAACUCUUUCAAAACUUUGUCAGGACAAGAACUUUAUCACAAUCAACAUUGAACAGAAUUCUAGAACUGCAUGGUGUUCUUCCAGGCUGGUGCUGAGUGCAGACUAUUUAAUUAAUAGAGCGUAGCAUUUGAAGACGACGUUCAUGUUUAGCUCGCAAGAUAAAAACAAGAACUGAUUCAGACAGCCCGCCUUUGCAACACGCCGAUUGCUUCAGUUGGUUUGAGUUGAGGUAUGUGUUAUUGUUCAACCAGAUGUUUAUCAAUGAAUGCAUCGAUGUAACUAAUACCUUAUUGUCGACCAUGCGGCUUUCUUCAGUUGUAAAUACGAUUGGCCACAGUCACCAGUACUUUGAUAUGGCGAGUAACAGUUGACGAAGAUUGACAUGAGCUGUUCACAGACUAAUACUGUACGGCCAAAGUGAACAGAGUUUAAACCAUAUGCUGCAAAAACAGGUCGCUACGGUCAGAAUUCACAAUACAAAUCAGAUGCAAUGCUGACUUUCGCUUCGUUCUCAAAGCUAGCUACACACUAAAAAAUCUACCUGACACCUUUAAUAGUUUAUUCGAUCGUGUAAAAUAACUGUUUCAUUUGCUACUUAUUCACUUUAAGGGAAAAGCUACUUCAAACACACAUUCGUGGCAUCUAUGAAAGUUGUGUUUUAGUUUCUUGUACAAGUGACCACCUCUGCAUAAGGGUCACCUUCCAUUGUAGACACUUGUUGACAUCCCUCAGAUUAUUUUUCUAAUUGCUCCACGCAUUAAUAACUCUGUCUAGUAGCUACCUGUCUUUUAAGACUAUCAGAGUAAUGAGUGGUCACUAUAGCCACAGGUUUGACUGCACAUUGAAUUGACAGUAAACCCCCUUAAUUUUCCCGGGUCACUGCUUAAGAAGAGUAAAUAUUUUCCACGGUCCACGUGUUCCCAAAGGUUUAGCUAACCUGUUGCGACAACACGCGCACGGGAAUACAAACACAAACCCACUGUAGAAACUGUUGCUUCAACACGGCAUGAAUAAUGAAUAGCAGCCGUCCGCUUGUACUAAAAAUGCUGGGGGCACCCCCCCCCCUAUACACACUGUACAGCAUUUGUAUAUCUAACUUAUUGAAAAUUGUUAUAUAUUAUUACGUGUGAAAAGACUAGAUGAGAUAAAAGAUUUUGUACGAGA